UAAUUCAAAUCAAUAUUGAAAAAUAUACAAUAAAAUGGAUGAUUUAACGAAGCUUAAAAGAAAAAUAACAAGUUCCUUCAAACUAAGCGGAUUUCUUAUACGGUCAGAAAAUAGUGCUUAUUUGGCGGAGCAACUUCUUCCAUUCGAUGAUGGAGAACGUGAAAAAUGGUUGACUGUUAUCACUGAAAACUUGCAAGGUCAGCGCUUACAGACGACACAAGUAGAGCGAGGAGCACUGGAAAAAGCUAUUAAUGAAAUAAAUCGUGUUGGUUUGGAUGAAGGUGAGACUAUUUUCUCGGUUAUCGAUGCGUUCAAAGUGCCACGCUACCACUAUAAUGCACAAAAUAAAAAAUUUGAACCAAAUAAGAAUUUACGCACCAUAUUGACACGUCCAGCUUUAAAAGCAGGAUACAUGCGAGAGAGAUAUGCAAUGUUACUGCAAAAGACGUUACGUCACGAGUUGUUUGCUCCAGCUAUAAUACAGGGAGGAGUUUCAGUGGGGUCCCAAGUGAAAAAAUUCAAAUUGCAAUACGCAGAGAAUUUGCUUGCAACAUCAUCGGUAAAAGAAGCAGUUAUACUUGGUCUAUUGGCACAGCUGAAAGAAGGAAAAUUUUACAUAGAAGAUCCUACGGGUAGUAUUGAAUUGGACUUAAGUGGAACACGUUUCCACUCUGGUUUCUUUUGUGAGGGAUGUUUCGUCUUAGCUGAAGGUUCAUACAAUAAUGGCAUCCUUAAAGUUGAUGGCUUAGGAUUUCCACCUGCGGAGGCAGCGACUAGCUCCAGAGCAUUUUUUGGUACACAAAAUAGUUGGGGUGGAGAAUCGGUGAAGUUACUGAAAUAUUCCACACGCCUACAAGAACUGGAAAGUACAAAUACUGAGGCCACGCUGGUUUUUCUAUCAGAUGUUCGUCUAGAUAACCCAGUAGUUUUAGACAGAUUGCGUAUGUUAUUUGUGGGUUAUGAUUCAUGCCCACCUGUUGCUAUAGUGCUAAUGGGACCAUUCGUUGCUUCCAAUAGCAAUUACCAUUCACUAUCUCAAAAUUUAACGGCACUGGGUACGUUAGCGGCUGGAUGCGAUCAGCUGAAAAAGCAAACGGAUUUGAUAAUUAUUCCUUCUUGUGAAGACCCAACAGCUCCAAAUAUUUUGCCGCGUGCCUCACUACCUGAAACGCUCACAACUGGUUUGUGUAAAGCAUGGCCACGGACAAUUUUGGCAACUAAUCCUUGUCGGCUGCAGUAUUGUACGCAACAAAUUGUCGUUUGUAGAUUGGAUUUAAUGGCAAAGUUCUGCCGCAACACGUUACAUUUCCCACCUGAUACAGAUAAUAUCGAACAACAUUUUGCGCGUACUCUGAUAUGUCAAAAUCAUUUAACGCCUAUACACCCGAUUGCUACGCCCGUGCAUUGGGAUUUUGAUUCAGCUUUGUGGUUGUAUCCAUUGCCCGAUUUGGUUGUUAUUGGCGAUUCAUGCCAAAGUUUCUCAACAACACAACAUGGUUGCACCGUGCUUAACACAGGAUCUUUUGUGAAAUCUAAAUUUGCUUUUAAAGUUUAUAUACCGGCGAGCCGUACAAUUGAAGAUUCAGAAAUACCAGAUGAUAUGACAAUGGAAUGAAAUUUCUGUUUUUUUUUUUAUCAUUUUAAGUGUAAUUGUAUUUAUAUUUGGCUUAUGUGUUUU